GAGAGGAGGACCGGGGAAGAAACACCGACUCUCGGCACCGGAGGAACCUGAUUUUACCGGUCGUUUCCCCGGAGAAGGACGCACUUAUUUCCCCGGGACCUCCUGGAUAUAUCCGAGCGUAAAAAAAAGGGGAGUGUUCUGAUCCAGGAGGGUUUAUUAUCACCGACACAUUGGAAGGAGGACUGAGGAAAUGGAUGAGAGCGCGUGAGGGGAAUAACUAAUGCGUCCCGGGGAUUAAUCCUUUUAUUUCCAGGGACCGUGGAUUUAAAAACAAAACAAAAAAGGCAGCAGAUAUUGAAAAACGCCAAAAAAAAUGGGCAACAGCUUCUCCAAUAUCUCCGCCUUCCAGUCGCUGCACAUCGUCAUGCUGGGGCUGGACUCUGCGGGGAAAACCACCGUGCUCUAUAGGCUCAAAUUCAACGAGUUCGUGAACACCGUGCCCACAAUCGGUUUCAACACGGAGAAAAUCAAGCUGAGUAACGGCACUGCGAAGGGUAUCAGCUGCCAUUUCUGGGAUGUUGGAGGUCAGGAGAAACUGAGACCUCUUUGGAAAUCUUACAGUCGGUGCACGGACGGUAUCAUUUACGUGGUGGAUUCUGUGGAUGUGGACCGGCUGGAGGAGGCCAAAACCGAACUGCACAAAGUCACAAAGUUCUCUGAGAACCAGGGAACUCCUCUGCUGGUUAUCGCCAACAAACAGGAUCUCCCCAAGUCUUUGUUGGUGGAGGAGAUCGAGAAGCAUCUGGCCCUCAAGGAGCUGAGCCCCGCGACACCUUAUCAUGUCCAACCUGCAUGCGCCAUCAUAGGAGAGGGGCUGCACGAGGGCAUGGACACUCUGUACGAGAUGAUCCUGAAGAGGAGGAAGUCUCUGAAGCAGAAGAAGAAACGGUAACAGCUGCUGGGGCUGGGUUCAGUCCAAAAAGUCAGAUUUGUGCAGAUUAAAGUCAGAUUUGUGCAGAUUAAAGUCAGAUUUCUGCAGAUUAAAGUUAGAUUUCUGAACAGUGUGAUGCUGAGGGAAGACUCUGAAGCAGAAGAAGAAGCAGUAACAGUCGCUGGAUUCACUUUACUCUGCAGUGAUUCAUUUUGGAUUAUUCCCAAGAAAUCAGAUUUCUGCAGAUUAAAGUCAGAUUUUUAAAGUCACAACAAACUGUACGAGAUGAUCCUGAAGGAAGUCUCUGAAGCAGAAGAAGAAGCAGCAUCUGAUACUUUGACUGUUUGGCCACAGGUUUACUUUGCAGUGAUUCGUUUUGGAUUAAAGCUGUGAACGUUUCUGCAAACAGGAGAUACAAAUACAACCAAAAAGACAGAAACACUUGUUCAGUUCAGCGUGGAGGAAUGCGGGAGAGGACCAGGGCCGAGAGGGGAUCAUGUCUGGGCUGUGUGAAGAAAAAACAAUGUUGAGUUCUGAUUGUAAUUCCAGAGUUCUGGGAUUUAAUUAAGAAUUGACAGAAUUUCUGAGAUUUCAAAUAACAGUUUUUUCUGAGAUUAAAGUAAUGAUUCAAAAAAAGGAAAGAAAUCUUAAAAAAAGUUAGAGUUCUGAGAAAAAAUGUACAAUUCCCCAAAAAGACAGAAUUCCCCAAAAUUGAAGUCCUAAUUGUGAGAACAAAUAUAUGUAUUUAUUUCUGACUUUUUUCCCAACGUUUUCUAAUUUACUUAACAUAUUUCAGACUUUUUGUUUAAAUUCUGACCUUUCCCGGAAUUCUGAGAUUUAAGUUAGAAUUCCCCCAAAACACAGAAUUCCCCCAAAAGACAGAAUUCCCCCAAAAGACAGAAUUCCCCCAAAAGACAGAAUUCCCAUAAAAGAGAACAGAUUUCUGAGAUUUAAAUCGUAAUUGCGAGAAAGAAAAACAUAUAUUUCUGACUUUUUUCCCGAAAUGUUGUGAUUUUUUUUUUAAACAGAUUUCAGACUUUUUGUUGGAAUUCUGAGAUUUAAGUCAGAAUUCCCCAAAAAGUCAGAAUUCCAAAAAAAGACAACAGAUUUCUGAGAUUUAAGUCCUAACAGAUUUCAGACUUUUUAUUGGAAUUCUGAUUUUGCUUUUGGUACUCUGAGCUUUCCCAGAAUUCUCUCUUAAAUCUCACACAUCCCCAAAUCCUUUCCUCACGUUGCCCUAACCCUCGUCCGUAGAGAAAGAGGAGCGGCUGGCCCGUCUACUGCUUUCCUGCUUUAACCACAGAAGAAGAAGAAGCUCCCUUCAUGGCAUUUUGAUUUCCCAAAAAGUUUGGUUUUGCACAUGGCUUCGAGUCACUCUGUGAUUCUUCUGGAGAACCUGUGAGUCACGCUGACUUUUUGUAUUCCUGUGGGAGCGUUGAAGCCUCGUUCCUCUGCUGGAGGGCGGAGCCGACCACUUUGCACUUUUCAUUUCCUACACCUCACAGACACUGUAUGCAGAGAUAGAGGAGCAGAUCCAGGUGCUUAUGUAUACUAAAGAAGCCAAAAUUGAAGUAUUUUUUGAAUAUUAAAAGAUGUAAAAAUCCA